CUCUCAAGUCAAAGAACAAUGAGAAUUCUAUACAGAACUUUGUUGUGCUUAGCAUUUGCCAUAGAAAUUAUAAACGCCGAUCUCAAUUCAUUUAAAGCUUCAGUUGAGCAUUGUUUAAAAGAAUUCCCCAUAACGGAAGGCGAAAUGAGACGAUUUAUUGAGGAAAAAGAUGUGCAAUUCGGUGAAACUUUCAAGUGUCACAUGAAGUGUGUUUUAGAAAAGGAACAUAUUUUCCAAAAUGGAACACUGGUUGUGGAUGGAUUUAUUAAACAUUCUCUUGAAAUGGCCACCUUAAAGGGACGUGAAGAUGAACUUCAGAAAAUCGCUGAUGAGUGUAAAGUCGAAAAUGGUGUAAACGAUUGUGAUACUGCUUUUAAAUUGGGAAAAUGUCUUUUUGCACAUCAUACAAUAUUUGUGCAUUAAAUUAAGAUGGAAUAAAAUUGGAAGUGAAAAAAACUAA